UAAAACCCCUUUUAUCUCAUCAACAAUCAUCAUUCUUAACAAAUCCUCAUCCGUCACACAACAACAACACACAAGUCCUAAGCAGUGUUUCUUGGUUUAUGAGCGGGAAUGUUUGAAUAAAGUGUCGAUUUGGGCAUAACAAACAUGGAUUAUAUACGGGAAUUCGACAUUAAACUGGACAAAGAAUAUUAUUAUGCUGGCGAGCAAAUUAAUGGCACGGUUGUUUUGAACACGAUUGAAAACUUCAAGUUACGCACAAUUCGUGUGUUGUUAAGAGGUAAAGCCCACGCAGAAUGGAAGGUGAUGAUGUCGGGCGACAGACGAACAGUGAAAGACGACCAGUACUUCAUAGACGAGCGCCAAGUGAUUUGGGGUGAAAAAAAUGUGGACACCACAAUACCAAUCCUUCCGCGAGGCACACACAAAUUCCCCUUUCGUUUCUCUUUGCCCGAAUCCAGCAUACCCUGUUCGUUCGAGAGCAAACCCGUCUACAUUCGGUACUAUUUCAAGGUAACCGUGGACAUACCGUACGCUAGUCCACCGCAAGGGAUGAAAUACUUUACGGUAAUCGGACCGCACAUUGAUUGCAUGGAGGAACAAUACUUGAAAGCCGUAGUGCUGGAGGACAGAAAAAGUACUUGUUGCUGGUGCUGUAAGAAGGGUACAAUAAAACUGCGUUGCGUCCUCGAACGCACCGCCUACGUUUGCAAGGAAAGCAUCAAGUUGAAGGCGACGAUCGAGAAUCAAAGCGACGACGAGAUCUGGCUUAGAGUCAAGUUGGAACAGUGCUGCGAAUUUUUCAUUGAUCGUGGCGUUUUGGGAGUCAGCAAAGACAUUAAGCACCUCGUCUUCGAAUACAGAGGAAGUAGUGUUAAACCACACACGCGGAGCAAAUGGGACAGCUCCAACAGUCUGGUGUUGCCACCAAUGCCCACGAGUAUUGUUGGAAUAUGCAGAGUCGUGCAGAUUUACUACUUGUUAACGGUAAGCCUCGACAACGCAAAAGAGAUGGACGUAGCACACAUCAGUUGCCCAAUAACAAUCGGAACGGUACCAUUUCGAAUACCCAACUCCAAUAUGAACCCCGUAAUCAAAUACGAACCAGCAUGUUCCCACGUUGAAGGAGGUCAGUAUCUCGGUCCGGAAUUUUUACUGGGCCAAGUUUACGACGGUAACGAGCAUUAUUUGAGGGAACCGGUGGUUUUAUACAAGCCGGUUUACGUAACGGUCGAUAAAUCUGCGGAGGGCGGCAGAAAAUAGACAACGGAAGGUCAAGACUCGGAACAGGGUACCCCAUCAAUUUUUUUCGAACCUAAAGACUGAUUUUAGCAACAAUGUUAGUCAAUCGCUUUUGGUUUUACUCCAGACGUUUUUAUCCAAAGCAUUUAAUUAUUGAUAUUUCAUUAAUUCAAUUUAUUGCUAGUUAAUGGUUCACAGAGAAGGUAUAAAUGAAUCUCUGUGUAAACAAAUGGUUUAUGUAAAUGUACGGUACUGAACAGGCCUUCAAAACGGACCUUUCGUUGUUUCAGCACGAUUCACAAUUUCAAUAUUGACAAGUUAUGUACAUAAAUAUAAAUACCGUUAAGUACAAACGAUAAAAAUCCACAACACACGGAAUUCUAAUCAGAGUAUAAUAAAUGGUAAUUAAUUAAAACUGGAAACAAAGCACCAAUUUUAGGAGUUUUAAAUGUUGUUUCUUCCAAAAAUCGUUCCCAGAUUUUAUAUAUAUACAUGUGCCACAAUUAAUUAUUACACAAGUUAUCUGAAUUUCUAACACAAAAUCGGAUGGUUUGUGUAGCCUAUGUAUUUUUAUAGGAUAAGUGUGAAAUUUUAAUCGAGUAGGCGAGAAUCAAUGUGUUGAUUUCUUUUUGUAAUCGAUGUUUUACAAAUAUAACACGCUCAAUUUGUUUAAACGGUUUUGAUGUAUUAUUUUUGUUAGAAUAGCAAAAAUAUAUA